CAAAAUCUAUUUCCCAAUUUACAAUAAUCCUCAAAACCCUAGCAAAAAAACCCAAUUCCCAAAACCCUAAAUUCCCCCUCUCCUCAAAUUCUCUCUCAAUUAGGGAUUUCCUCUUUUUAGAAACUCGUUUCUGGGCAUGGAGAUGGACAGCCUCUGCUCAAACGGCCUCGUUUUGGACGGUUUUCUCUGCUCUGUGAUGCAGGCUGUGGUGGCUGAGGCAGCUAUUGCUGCUGCUGCCAAGUCUCUUGCUUUGUCCUGCUUGAUGACGGGAUCUGCGCCAAACACGAUCAAUGUUUUUCCCAAAGAACCUGAGGCAGUCACAGGGUUUCCUAUCACUGAGCUUUAUGUAGUGGAAAAACCUGGUCCUGAGAACAAAGAUGCAAGUGAAACUGAGGACGAUGACGAUGACGACGACGAUGCUGCUGCUGGUGAUGACCAGGAUGAAGAUGGUGGGGACGAGGAUGCCGCCUCAGGAGAAGAGAAUGAGGGUAAAGGUAAUCCAGAAGACGAGCCUGAGGCCAAUGGUGAUGGUGUAAGCGAAGAGGAUGGUGAUGAUGAUGAGAAAGAAGAUGAGGAAGACGAUGAUGACGAUGACUGACGAUGAUGAUGGUGAUGAUGGGGAGGAAGAGACUGAAGACGAAGAAGAGGAGGAUGAGGAAGAUGAGGAGGAAGACAUUCCUCAGCCACCUGCUAAGAGGAGAAAAUGAAUUUAUUUAUUUAUUUUUUCUCUUAACUUGCCGCAUUUUUCAAGCUAUCGGGAAUUUGGGGUUGUAGGAGUUGAGUAAUUUAGGUGGCACGUCCACAUAUGCUAGAGAUUUUUACAGUACUUGGUUAAGCUAUCAGAUUUCUUAGUUGUACACCUUUAAUAA